AUGCGGCGAUCACAGGGAGGGAGCAGCAGCAGCAACUGCAACAGCAGCAGCAGCAGCAGCAGACGAGGGCCUCCUCAGCUGCUUAGCGGCACACUGUACGGAAGCAGCAGGUUCAAUCCUUUGCUGCUAAUAUCGCAGCUGCUGCUGCUGCUGAGUUGCUUCUAUUUGCUGCUGUGCCUCUUCUCUUUCUGUACUCUCACAUACCUGCAGCGCCGCCAGCUGCUGGCUGCCUCUAACCCCCAUCUCAACCUGCAGCAGCAGCAGCAGCAGCAGCAGCAGCAGCAGCAGAAUGGCCGUUCCUUCCGGUUACCAGAGUCCGACGUAGGAUCAACAGCAGCAGCAGCAGCAGCAGCAGGUCAGGUGCCUCAGGCUCGCCAAGUGUCUCUGCUGUUCAGCAGCGGCAGUCCCUCAACGCCAAAGGAGACAGCAGCAGCACUAGAUGCUGCUCUUCUACUCACAGAUCUCGCUCUGUGCGUCUUUGCUGCUGCUGCUGCUGCUUCUGCUGCUGUUAUUGUUGCAAGUGCUGCAGAGAGAGUUUCUGUUGCAGUCAAGUGGUUAUGUGGGGCGCUGGCCGCUUGUCUCUGCCGCCGUGAGGAGUCUGAAGCAAUUCUCUUUGGAGACAGCGAAGGAGACAGGAGACACUCAGAGGCGACGCAUGUGUCUCCUCCUGCUGCAGCAGCAGCAGUUAAAGAAAUCGAACUACAGCUGCAACACAGCAACCAACAGCAGCAGCAGCACGGCAAGCACCUGCAGCAGGAAGACCUGCUGCUGCUCGCCCCCACCUAA